ACGGACGCAGAACGUUCCCCUCCGCCAACCCUCGGGCUCGGCUGUCCUUCGCAGGCGCCCCGCUUCCUCUCCUAGGUGUCCCCUCGGUCCAAGGCUGCAGGGGGUACAGGGCCAGGCUCAGGGUCUGCCUCGAGCGGCAACAAUGAGCUGUAGUCGGGCCAGCCAGGAAAGCGAGCGCCAGUCCCAGGAAGAAGUGAGCAGCGGUUAUGAUACUCUCUCUUCACAAGAUAGAGAUAGUAUAUUAGAGAGUCCCGAUUCUUCUCAGGAUACUUCUGCAGGCACCCAAUCAGGAGAAGAUCCUUCUGAUAGUGGUUCUGAAACAGAGUCUGAGAGUGAAGAGUCACAGCUGGAAAUAGGAAAGUCAAGUGAGGAGCAGACUGAGUCUUCUGCUGAAGAAUCUUCAUUCUCCCAAGUGGAAGACCUGAUGAAGGAAGCAUUCCAGGCUCCUUUCCCAUCAGAGUUUGGCUGUCCUCGCGCUCCGUGUGAACACUGCGUCACUGAAAAUAAGCAGAAUGAGCAGGUGAUGCCCAGGCUGCUUUCCAGGGGACAAUUUCUGUUGAAGGUAGACUGUGAAGGAACAUACCAGUGUGCCCGGACAGGCCUGAUUUUUGAAGUCAACAAGAAGACCGACAUCAAGUAUUCUGUUUUGUCCUGGAGCAAGUACGCUGACUUGGUGGUUAAGCCCUGGAUUGUUGGCGGGCCCUUGUUUGACGUGAAAUGUGACCCGGCCAUUCUCGUCUCCAUCCAGUUUCCACAUUCCCUUUGCUUGGGCCACCAUGAAUCCUUGAUGACGUUCAAAGUGUUCCACAUCACAAAGUCUGGUCCCGCUCUCGAAUCCACCGUAGAUCACUCCAACACCCACGUCAAAUGGCACGUGAGCUCCCUUUCUCCAGUGGGGCCGGUCAUUCAAACCCAGGAAACUGUGCAACAUCACGGGGCAGUGAUUCUAUACAAAGUUAUUGACAGCCAUCCAUCCCUGUCCUUUCGCGUUUACGUGGCCACGAAUAAUGACUCCUUCAUCAGGGAUAUUGCCAAAGCUGUCAAACACUCUUCCAAGAAGUUCAUGAAGAUUGACAAGCCUCCCGUGUGCCUGAAACUACUGGAGAAUGGGAAGCGAUACCGCCUGGUCAGUGAGCCAGAAGCCGAGAUCACCCCAGAGGAAAUUGAAUUUGUUGAUGGUUCCCUUCUAAAGUUGAAAAGUUACAUUGAAGUCUUUUUGGAGCAACCUCUGGAGUUUAAGUUGUCUUUGGUUGAACUGGAUUCUGAGGAAAUUGUAUGGAAAGCCAAACUCCGAGAAUGUGACUGGGUCCAACAUGAUCAGAACCAGAACAUUCAGAAAAACAGCACAAACCUUAACAGAAGACGGAAAAUAAGUGACAGUUUACCUGAAGAGGAGAAUUAUAUGAAAAGAAUGAAGCAAAUUGAUACUUCAGAUUCCAUCAAGAAGGAGGUGCUAUCAGAUCAGCAGUUGAUGACUCUUGCUAGGAAAUUUGGGAAGGAGUGGAUCGAGCUUGGCAUUGCCAAUUUGGGAUUAGAAAUUGCUGACAUCGACGCCAUUCAGGAAAAUUGUGAAGACAUUACAGUUUGCAAGUUCAGAAUGCUGAAGAAAUGGCAAGAGAGGGAACGGAAGAACGCAACAGCCCAGAACCUGUACAACUGCCUGGAAAAUGACGCUUCUGUUGAGGUCCAUGGUAUCCUGAAAGGUUUUUUGGAGUAAAUGUGAAGUCUUAGAAGAGCGCCUACAAAAAUGGUAACCUCAGGAAGCUUUCUAAUGAGUUCAGACCAUUCCCAGCGUCCAUGAGUUGAUGCAGCUUUGAUAUGACAAACCGGUGAUGAAGCUGUGGUAGAGUUUCAAGGACAAUCACAUUUUCCAGGUCAAAUAAAGCUGAGGAAAAAUGGAAGAUAAACUGGGCCAGAAAACUUGAGGAGAGCAGGGAAGGAGGGAAGAGCCUAGAAUGUUGAGAAUAUUCUUCCUCUCUCCCUCUGUCCCUUCUUUCCCCAAAUCAAUGUAGCAUUUGCUUAGAUCUUCCAUGGUGCUUGAACCAUGUUGACCUUUUAGCUGCAGGCGAAACGGGAUCAUUUUUCUUAGGGAAACUGUGAACUAAGAAAUCUGUGUUGGGCCUUUGAAGCCUGUUUGGUUCAGGUGGCUAUGUUCUUUGUGUUAAUUUCAGUUAGCUUUCCUAUUGGCAUUAAUAAAAAAUGCACUUUCCUUCUGUUAUUUAACACGGAACCUGACAUAAGCACCCACACUCAUGCACUCAAGCACAUACACACACACACACUCUCUCUUGUUUGCCCUGGGAUUCUUUCCACCCCUGGGGCAAGUGUACUUUUCCUAUUGAACCUAUAUUUCCUAUUGUACCAGGGCUGUGCCUUGGAAUUAAUUGGAUGGCACACAGCCCACUUUGAAUCAUGUUCAUCCUCACUCAAGGUGAACAGAAAGGAAUGGAAUUUCUUUCUACCUUCAUGACCAUGUAGGUGAUGAGCACAAAUUAAGAACAUGAUCUUCUGCUGUCAAAGAAUUUCAGGUUGUACAUUCCCAAUGGAUGUGCACACAAGCCAACCACUACAGUUACUUAACUUUCAAACUGAGAUUCCUGCCUUGCUGGGGGCAAGAUGCUCAGGCCCCCGCAGAGCCAAGGAAAAAUUGUUAUCUCUUCUUGUGGAAGACUUUCCCCAAGGAAUUAUAGGCCACAUUGGUUCUCUUUGGUUAUUGAUUUGUCCUUUUGUAUGCUAUUAUUGUAAACCCCCUGAAUCUGGUUUAUUUGGGGGGUGGGGAUUGCAUUGUUGACUGUCUUGAACAAUUGUACCAUCUACAGUCAUAGAUGAGAAAGAAGAAUGACCAGGAGGUCUUUGGUCUGUAUAAUUCCCCAAGGAAUUAUAGGCCACAUUGGUUCUCUUUGAUUACUGAUUUGUCCUUUUGUAUGCUAUUAUUGUAAGCCCCCUGAAUCUGGUUUAUUUGGGGGGUGGGGAUUGCAAUGUUGACUGUCUUGAACAAUUGUACAAUCUACAGUCAUGUAUGAGAAGCAGGAAUGACUAGGAGGUCUUUGGUCUGUAUAGAACUGGGAAAAGUGAAGGCCAAUGGCAAAGAGACCUCAACAGAAGGGAAAUACAACUUUGACCUACAGUGUUUAACACACUAUUAAAGAUAACACUCUUGCUUGUUCAAAAAACAAUUCUUACCUAUGGGUCAGGAUUAUUUUUAAUAUUCAGGAAUCCAUCCGGAAUCUCUACGAGUUUCUUUUUUAUAUGUGAUGUAGCCUAGAAAACAAGGAUGGGGGUGGGGAGAGUAGGCUUUUUAAACUACAUGAAUGGGCUUAGUUUAAUUUUUAUUUUGAGUUUUUUAUAAAUAAAUUUUUUAAUAAAUAAAAAUGUUCAUUUCAGUGAGCCUUUGCAGAAUGAGAUAAUGUAAUAAUUUACACCAUUUUUUAUCAGCUUCUAUUUGUCAGUGGAUGGG